AAACACAACGGUCCGAUCCCAUAUAUGUGUAUCCCAGUCCGGCAGGUUGACAGACAUUUAACAAACUUGAACGAAAACACGAUAUCAUGACCGCGUUUUCUGACCAUACCUCUCUGUCACAACAUGAAAAUUACACGGAUCAGAUCAAAGAGCUGCAGGAGGCCAUCCAAGAAAACGGUCGCAAACUGGUGGAAAUCAAGCAGAAAAGACUGCAUGCUGAGGAGGAGAUCAUUAAAUGUACCAGGGAAACGGAGCAGAGAGUGGAUUUGAUGAUGGGAAAAAUCAAAGUUGUUGAUGCGUUGCAGCAUCUGGGUCGUCUGCUGCAACAGGAACGGCAACUUUCAGAGCAACUGAACGCUCAGGCCUCUGCAGAAAGGGAUGAUUUGCAGGAGAAAAGAGAGCAUGUGACAAACAAGUUGAGAAGUCUUGCUGCUGAAAUUCUGGAGGUGAAAGAGCAGCUGGCGGAGGCAAAGACUCGUAAUCUGGCUGCAGAAGCUUUGAUACAUGCACCAGCCCGCAAAUCAAAGACAAAGCAAAGCAAACCCAAGUGAAUUUAAAAUAUAGUUUCUUUAUUUAGGCACAUUUGCUUUUAAUUGUAAAUUGCAUUUGUUACUCAUAUUAUUUGUGUAUGCAUUUUUGAAGUACCACAUGAAAUGUUUGAUUUGUUUUUUCAUGUCUCUAAACAUGCUUCGAUAUGAGACCUGAGGCACAAAGUAGAUUUACUCAAGUACUGUAAUUACAAACAGUCCCUAUUGUGGCCAUUAAUCCAGGGGAGUAGUUGUUAAAGUUGUUUUGUUAAGGUUUUUUUGACUAGAUUUGUAUAUUUUAGAAGGAAAUGCUUUUUUUCUGUGAAUACUGUUUAGAUAUUUGACAUAUUUAAUAAUAAACAGUUUGCAACAUUUGAAUUUCCCUGC